CGGCUUUAUUGCAGGCGCACGGGGUGGCCGUCUCCCAUCAGUGGAGGAUCUGCGAACGGGGGGCUGACAGAAGGGAUACCGCCAGCGAUAUAACGGCACAGACGGACGCACUCUAAACACUGUCAGUCAUGGCUGUGAACGUGUACUCCACCUCUGUGACCAACGAGAACCUGAGCCGACAUGACAUGCUGGCCUGGGUCAACGACUCUCUGCAGCUCAUCUACACCAAGAUAGAGCAGCUCUGUUCAGGGGCAGCCUAUUGCCAGUUCAUGGACAUGCUCUUUCCUGGUUGCAUCCUGCUGAAGAAGGUGAAGUUCCAAGCGAAGCUGGAACAUGAGUACAUACACAACUUCAAAGUGCUCCAGGCUGCCUUCAAAAGGAUGAACGUCGACAAAAUUAUUCCAGUGGAGAGGCUUGUGAAGGGUAAAUUCCAAGACAACUUUGAAUUCGUCCAGUGGUUUAAAAAGUUCUUCGACGCCAACUACGACGGCAAGGAGUACGACCCACUGCAGGCAAGGCAGGGCCAAGAUGUGGCCCCUCCGCCUAAUCCAGGUGAACACUUUUUCCACAAACCCAAGAAAAGUUGUGGCCCCCCAGGACCACAGAGAACGUCACCGACAGUCCCCAAGAACAUGCCCACGCCACAGAGAGUCAUGAGCACCACCAUCAGGAAGAACCCGGCCCUCUCACGGAACGGAGGCAGCGAUGCGGAGAUCAUGGAGCUCAAUCAGCAGUUAAUGGAGCUGAAACUGACUGUGGAUGGACUUGAAAAGGAAAGAGAUUUCUACUUCAGUAAACUGAGGGACAUUGAGCUAAUCGCCCAAGAAAGCGAGGGCGAAGCCAGCCCCAUCCUCUCCCGAAUAAUAGACAUACUGUAUGCUACAGAGGAUGGCUUCGCGCCUCCAGAAGAUGAGGAACUUGACGAACAGGCCCACCUGGACCAGGAUGAAUACUGAUCCUGUCCCUCCAUCACCUCUCAUCCUGUUGGUCCCUCUCUUUUACUCCUCUUUAAAAUCCUCCCCUCCCUCCUCUCCUCUGCACGCGCCUAUGAUCUUCUGUGUUCCCCUUGUAUCAGUCAUACUGUCUGUCUGUUUGUCUGUCUGUCUGUCUGUCUGUCUGUCUGUCUGUUUGUCUGUCUGUCUGCCACCCCACCUUGCCACAUGGACUAACAUCAGACCCCUACAGGCAUGCAGACCGUAGCAAACAGCAGCUUAACAUAUCUUAGAAACGCCUCAGCAUGAUCCACCGCAAUGUCAUACAAACAAACAGAAAAAAAACGUCCAGGCCAUGUUGUAGGGGGCAGAUGGGGGUCGGCGUGGGUGAGUAGCACAAAGGGCAACCCUUUUGUAAAUAGUCGGAGAGGGAGUGAUCGAAAGAUUGGCAGCGAUCCGGAAGGCCUCCUUUUUUCUGUUGCUUUUUUCCUUCUUUUUUUUUUGUCUAUUGGCUCCACACGGAUUCCACGCAGACCGAACAAAAACGGCUCUUCCAGCAUGAACUCAUCCUCAUUCCAUGCUCUUGUGUACCUCAGUCCAGAACAAAAAAAACUCUCACUGACUCCCGCACCCACACAGGCAAGAAGAAUCUCCUGGGAUGUUGGCUUUCCUUUUCCCGUUACGUAGGUUUUUCAUAAAAUUCAAUUGAUUAAAAAAAAAAGGUUUGAUAUUGAAAAGUGAUGU